AUGACCAACAAGGAAGAAGUCGAGUUCACUCACACACGAGCAAACGGUGGCAAGGCAAAGAAGAUCAUGAGGAUGUUCACCGGCAGCGGCUGGGAGGCGUGGUUGGUGUUUGGGUUGAACUUGUUCGACUACACGCGGUGGAUGCAGUACCAAUUCAACGACGAGAGCGCUAUGGAGGCGCUUCACGACGACAUCCAACUACUCUUGCACGGGCACCACCUCGACAAGUACCUGUCCAGUACUACUAACCAUCCCAACAACCGCAACCUGCCGUACACCCAACAAAUCCAGCUCGGGAUGGCCUUCCUCACAGAGCUCCAUUGUCCAAUUGGGACGCGCGAAAUACUGUUGGAGAGGCUCCGACGCCUUCGCAAGCGAGGCAACCAACGGGUCGCGGAGUAUUCUGUGGAGUUCAACCGCUGGCUACGAAAACUCAGCAUCCUACAAGCUAGUGAGAAGGAGCAACUGUCCACCAACGACCAGCUCCAGAUCUACAAAAGCGCCAUGCCCACGAAUUUCCAAAUCGAAUUUCGGAAGAAAUACGGGGUCAGGGUCUUUGAAAGCAUCGAAGAUGUCGAAGCAGCAUUCACCACGAUCGAAAAUGAUUUUUCAUUUAUUCGGGGAUUGGAAAAUGUAAAACCCAACGCGGCUCCGUUUAAGCCGGACAAGGCCAAGACCAAGUUCAAGGAAGACCGGAAAACAACGACCUCCCCCUACGACAAGCAAGCCAAGCGGUCAGCGAAGACGUGCGGGUUUUGCGAGUCCAAGAACUACAAGGCGGACAACCAUUCACAAAGUCGGCACAGCGUGUGUUAG